AUGGGAGACAAGGGCCCUUACAUUCCGCCGCUGAUCGGCUGGAUGUACGAUCUCGUCCUAUGGUCUUUCUCCGUGCUGAUAGACCUCUUCUUCCGUGAAGUCCACCCCCGAGGAUCAUGGAAGAUCCCCCGACGCGGUCCCAUCAUUCUGGUGGCCGCUCCCCACGCGAACCAGUUUGUCGACUCCUUGGUUUUGAUGCGCGUCAUCCGCAGCGAAGCGCACCGACGAAUCUCAUGGCUGAUCGCCGAGAAAUCCUUCCGGCGCAAGUUCAUCGGCUUCCUCGCGCGAGGUAUUGGAACAUUGCCAGUAGCACGUGCUAUGGAUAACCUGAAGCCUGGAACCGGUACAAUCUAUCUUCCCGACCCGAUCAACGAGCCCACCCUAUUGCGGGGUGUCGGAACCAACUUCGAAGGCAAGCCAUUCGAGAAGGACGGCACCAUCGCCUUGCCCACCGUCAACGGAACAUCACACAGUACUGCGAUCGCGGAGGUCCGAGGCCCGGAAGAACUUGUCCUCAAGAAACCGUUCAAACACCGGGAUGCGCUCAUCCAGCUGACUGGGCGACAAGACAUUGAUAGCGAUGGAAAUUUCACGGGGGAUGCGUCGGAUAACUCGGAUUUCAAGGGCACCAAGUUCAAGGUUGCGCCGCAUGUCGAUCAGACCGCGGUCUACCAGGCAGUAUUCAAGCGACUUGGCUCUGGAGGUUGUGUUGGUAUUUUCCCGGAGGGUGGAAGUCAUGACCGGACUACAUUGCUUCCUUUGAAAGCUGGUGUGGCCCUGAUGGCUUUGGGAACUCUCGCUGAGAACCCGGACUGUGGCUUGAAGAUCGUGCCUUGUGGCAUGAACUACUUCCAUGCCCACAAGUUCCGUUCGAGAGCCGUGAUUGAAUUCGGCACCCCGAUCGACGUUCCUCCCGAGCUCGUGGAACAAUUCAAGCAGGGUGAACGCCGAGAGUCUGUCGGUGCUUUGUUGGAGAUCAUCUACGGAGGCCUCGUCUCGGUUACCGUCACCAGCCCCGACUAUGAGACUCUGAUGGUCAUCCAAGCCGCGCGUCGACUCUACAACACCAAAGGCAAGAAGCUUCCUCUGCCAAUGGUCGUUGAAUUGAACCGCCGUCUCGUGAAAGGAUAUGCCCACUUCAAAGAUGAUCCUCGAAUUGUUGAUCUGCGCCGAGCUAUCGUGUCAUACAACAAGUCACUCCGCAUUCUCGGCAUUCGGGAUCAUCAAGUGGCUUACGCCAAGUUCUCCAUUGUUCAAGUGGUCGCCACUUUGAUCUAUCGUCUGGGCAAGUUGGCACUUUUGGCCAUUGGAACUCUCCCUGGUUUCCUCCUCUUUACCCCUGUUUUCAUCGCAACCAAAUAUCUUUCCGCGAAAAAGUCCAAAGAAGCACUGGCUGCUUCGACAGUCAAACUUCAGGGCCGAGAUGUCAUGGCGACGUGGAAACUGUUGAUUGCUCUCGCAUUCGCCCCAGCCCUCUACGCCUUUUAUACGGCUGCCUUCACUUAUUGGACAUAUUGGAACCGAGUCAACGGAAUGGUCCCCGACUGGGUGCCGCUCUGGUCAGUGGUCAUGAUUGGCAUGGUCCUCUUCCCUACCAUCACGUUCGCGGCUCUGCGAAUUGGUGAGGUGGGCAUGGACAUUAUCAAAUCUCUCCGUCCUCUUGUCCUAUCUCUGAACCCAUCAUCAGCCAACACGCUUGUCAGACUCCGAGAAAAGCGUGCCGCCUUGGCACAGCAAGUGACUGACGCAAUCAACACCAUGGGCCCCGAGCUGUUCCCUGACUUUGACGCCUCUCGCAUUGUGACAGAUCCAUUCCGCGAAGCCACAAACAUUGAGGAGAAGUCUGAAGAUGGACCACCCGAGAUCAGGAGAUCCAGUGUCUCCGAAUCCAAUGAGAAGAUGCCCACCUCGGAACCCUUGCCCCGCAACGAAUCCUUCCACAACUUGGCCAACAUUGGCUUCUUCUCCACACGGCCUCCUAGCCGUAACCGCAGCCGCAGCAGCUCUGCUAGCGCCCGACCUGGGUCUCGGCACGGGUUGAAACCGCUCAGCUCGCUCACCCAAAAAGACCCACUUGAGGACGUCAGUUCGCGAAUUCGCGAUGCCAUGAGAGAGCGUGGAGAGCGCCGUCGCCGCCGCAGCGAGGAUGGGAGCUGGGACAUGGCCAGCUCCGGUCCCGGUACACCGUCCAGCGUUGAGGAGAACCGAAAGGAUCUUUAA